GAUGCGGUGUGGGGUCGAGCGGCGUUCCUCCGCAGAACAAUAGUAAUAAAAGUGAUGAAGUGUCCUGAAUUCACGGCGCUGGCUCGUGCGAAAGGCUUCCCGGAAUCUGGACACCCUUCAGGGCUCUUGCCGGUAUUUGCGGCACUGCCACGGGCGAAGCCCCUUUCUGAGGCUCAGUUUCAGAAGACUGUAAGACGGGGAGAAUGGGCGUUCUUGCCGGGCCGGGCAUCUUUUCUCAGGAUCGUUUGAGGGACUCUACUUAGAAAAUGGAGUUCAGGCUGCUUUGGAAACCUCAAAGUAGCGUAAAAAUGAUGGUGGUGUUGGAAACGGGAUGUAGAGUCACCAGGAGUGGGAAGCUUAAGGGGAUUGAGGGCUUGAGAGAACACAGGUGAAAUCCGAGGUACCACGUACACAGACCUCUCAGCCGGAAUCUCCAGGGAUGACCAGCCCCUCCCCGCGCAUCCAGAUAAUCUCCACCGACUCUGCGGUAGCCUCACCUCAGCGCAUUCAGAUUGUGACAGACCAGCAGACGGGACAGAAGAUCCAGAUAGUGACCGCAGUGGACGCCUCCGGGUCCCCCAAGCAGCAGUUUAUCCUGACCAGCCCAGAUGGAGCUGGAACUGGGAAGGUGAUCCUGGCCUCCCCAGAGACAUCCAGUGCCAAGCAGCUUAUAUUUACCACCUCAGAUAACCUUGUUCCUGGUAGGAUCCAGAUCGUCACGGACUCUGCUUCUGUGGAGCGUUUGCUGGGGAAGGCCGACGUCCAGCGGCCCCAGGUGGUGGAGUACUGUGUGGUCUGUGGGGACAAAGCCUCUGGCCGUCACUAUGGAGCUGUCAGUUGUGAAGGUUGCAAAGGGUUCUUCAAAAGGAGUGUAAGGAAGAAUCUGACGUACAGCUGCCGGAGCAACCAGGACUGCGUCAUCAAUAAACACCACCGUAACCGCUGCCAGUUCUGCCGGCUGAAGAAGUGCUUGGAGAUGGGCAUGAAGAUGGAAUCUGUGCAGAGUGAACGAAAGCCUUUUGAUGUGCAACGGGAGAAACCAAGCAAUUGUGCUGCUUCCACUGAGAAAAUCUAUAUCCGCAAGGACCUGAGGAGUCCUCUGAUAGCCACUCCCACGUUUGUGGCAGAUAAAGAUGGAGCAAGACAAACAGGUCUUCUUGAUCCAGGGAUGCUUGUGAACAUCCAGCAGCCUUUGAUACGUGAGGAUGGCACAGUUCUCCUGGCCACGGACUCCAAGGCUGAAACAAGCCAGGGAGCUCUGGGCACACUGGCGAAUGUAGUGACCUCCCUUGCCAACCUGACUGAGUCCCUCAACAAUGGUGAUGCUUCGGAAAUGCAGCCAGAGGACCAGUCUGCAAGUGAGAUUACUCGGGCAUUUGAUACCUUAGCUAAAGCACUUAAUACCACAGACAGCUCCUCGCCCCCCAGCCUGGGGGAUGGGAUAGAUGCCAGUGGAGGAGGGGGCAUUCAUGUCAUCAGCAGAGACCAGGCCACGCCCAUCAUAGAGGUCGAAGGCCCCCUCCUUUCAGACACUCAUGUCACAUUUAAGCUCACGAUGCCCAGCCCAAUGCCAGAGUACCUCAACGUGCACUACAUCUGCGAGUCUGCGUCCCGCCUGCUUUUCCUCUCCAUGCACUGGGCCAGGUCAAUCCCUGCCUUUCAGGCUCUGGGACAAGACUGCAACACCAGCCUGGUGCGGGCCUGCUGGAACGAGCUCUUCACCCUCGGCCUGGCGCAGUGCUCCCAGGUCAUGAGUCUCUCCACCAUCCUGGCAGCCAUCGUCAACCACCUGCAGAACAGCAUCCAAGAAGAUAAGCUUUCCGGUGACCGGAUAAAGCAAGUCAUGGAGCACAUCUGGAAGCUGCAGGAGUUCUGUAAUAGCAUGGCUAAGCUGGAUGUCGACGGCUAUGAGUAUGCCUACCUGAAGGCCAUCGUGCUCUUUAGUCCUGAUCAUCCAGGUUUGACAAGCACAAGCCAAAUUGAAAAAUUCCAAGAAAAGGCACAGAUGGAGUUACAGGACUAUGUUCAGAAAACCUACUCCGAAGACACCUACCGAUUAGCCCGGAUUCUCGUCCGCCUGCCGGCACUCAGGCUGAUGAGCUCCAACAUCACAGAAGAACUUUUUUUUACUGGUCUCAUUGGCAAUGUUUCAAUAGACAGCAUAAUCCCCUACAUCCUCAAGAUGGAGACGGCAGAGUAUAACGGCCAGAUCACUGGGGCCAGUCUAUAGUGUGCACCCCUCGGUGGCCCAAAAGCCCAAGGACCCUUCCCGGCCUGC